UUAUUCCAUCUUAUGAUCCGUGUCGGGAGCUACACUCCCGUUGCAUUCCCAUUGAUUAAUCUUAAUCUCCUUGGAUUUAUUGAUCUUUGUCGUACUGUUAUAUUUUCUAUCCGCACCUAAAAUGAAAGAAGCAAGUCGUCCAACAUUCGACGAAAGAUCAGCAAAGAAAUGAUUUCAGGUAUUAUAUGCAUAAAAAUUAUCCAACUAUAUUAGAACAAUAUUACCUUAUUGGAGAGAAAAUAUCUGGGGAUGAUGAUGUAAGGAGAUUUGAUUACACAACCUGGGCAAAAUAAAAUGAAUAAUAGAUCUUCAUGGCGCAUAUGAAAGUUAUAGCAUCGUUACUUGUUGGUGGAGGCAUAUCGUAUGGUUUAUUUCGUGCUACUAUACCUAAUGAAAACAAUAUUAUAAAGCAUUUGCCCCCAUAUUCAUCGGAACCACAUGGCCUCUUAGAGACUUACAGUAAAAAGGAAAACUCUUCAGAAUUGAUGAACCUAACGAGACCAAGACGGAUUAUUCCUGAGAAACAGAAAAUUCAGGACAACACGAACAUUGGUGGAAAAUAGCACUUGCAUAGCAAUAAAAAAUGGAUUCCACUGAACUUAUAGAAGGUAGUCUACCAGAUCGUAUUACAAAAAGGGACCGUGAACGCAAAAAUGUUAUCGAAAGGCGACGGGAGGAGCGGCAGUCUCUCACUGUGGAAUCCGAGCAAAGCAGUUAUUUCAAAGACACAUUUUACUCUUCCUGUAAGAAGAUCAAAGAUAUGCUAGAUGAUGCGCCCAGUACUUCGUCCUCAGCUCUGCCGGGGAUCUUUGAGAAAACCAACAAGGAGAUCCAGUUGCUUAAGAACUACCUGUCACAAUCGAAAAUGUUCUUGAAGGUUUACGAUAUAAGACGCGCACAAGAGAACUUGCAAUUACUAGAGAACCAGGCUUCCGAGAUGGAGUUAAAGUUACUGCCUAAGAAGAAGUUUGGAUUCAAGAAUCGUCGUGUCGUAAAGAAACCAUCUGACAAAGGUCAUGACAUCACGGACGGUCUGAAGGAUCUCAAGAUAUCUGAAGGGAUUGUCAACGGUUCAACUAAACAGAACAACAAACUGUUGUCGAGCAAGUACGGUGAUAAUGCUUGCAUGUUAUUGGGUAAGACAAACGAGCAACUGGUGUUGGACGCCGAGAACGUGAAUAAAAACGAUGUCCUGCUGUCCGAUCUAGUGCACUGUACCAUAAGGAUAUACGGUACACCUAGUACAUUACACAUGGUGAAUCUGAAACAAUGCACCGUCCUGGUCGGGCCGGUGACGUCGUCCGUGUUCGCGCACGACUGCAGCGAGUGCGCGUUCGCCUUUGCGUGUCAGCAGUUACGGUUGCACUCGUCGACAGACUGUACUAUUUAUCUGCAUGUCACAAGUAGGGCGAUCAUAGAGGAUUGUACAAAGAUACGGGUAGCACCUUACAACUGGUCCUACGAAGAUCAGACGAGUCACUUCAAUCUAGCCGGCCUCGAUCCAAAAGUCAACAAUUGGAAUUGCAUCGAUGACUUCAAUUGGCUAUCUAGCGAGAAACAUUCGCCGAAUUGGUCCAUUCUCGAGCCAGAGCUUCGUGUGAAAACAUGGGAUUAGACAGAGUAUUUGUGAAAAAACGACGAAGAGCGAUCGAAACAUUAAAAGCUGUAGUCGAGAGCGUUUUUCAGAAAGCUAAUUCUUUUUCCAAAUGUUCAUACACACACACACACACACAAGCGUCGAUGUAUUUACGUAAAUAAAAUUAUCCACAUGUAUACUACGCUUUUUCACACAAAGACGCAAACUAUGUAAGUGUUUUAUAUACUUACAAUGUCUAAUAAAUUUACCGUUUAUGCAAUAUA